CUUGGGAGCUUUGACAUCGUCGAGGUGGCUUCUUCGCAGAACUUGUUGCCGCUUCCUUGUACGGCUCUUUUCUCCCGAGGACGCUUGAUCGGUCUUGGUGGGAUUUCUUGUUACAAUAUUAUCUUGCUUAUGAUUUACUGAAUCCAUUCACUUGUUGCUCCGACCUGCCGUCGCGGUCUCUCGAGUUGCCAACAUGGCGAAACUCGUCGAUGAUCCCCAGAUUCAACAUGCCUCCCUUCGGAAUCCACUCCCUACUCAGAUGCAUAUCUAUGUGCUCCCUUUUACCAUCAUAUGGCCCCUGUUCUUCUCGAUCUAUCUGAAUCCCCAGCGAUAUGAUAAGUACAUUCAGGGCCAGGAAUGGACCUUUGUCUAUUCCGGAUCUAUUAUCACUGUACAAUCGUUGUUAUGGUUGAUGACGAAAUGGAGUAUCAACAUCAGGGCGCUGUUCACCACAACAGGCUCCCGGAGCAUCGAUUCAGCCCAGCUUAUCAAGAUUAUUCCUGUGACGAACGCCGGAGCCGCGGAGAUCUGUGACCUGAUCCAUGAUACCACCGGUGGAAAGAAAACCAUCUCCUUUUUGUUCCAGAAGCGCCGUUUCCUUUACUAUCCGGAGCGGAAAGCCUUUGCGCCACUAUCCUACGUCCUGGAUGCAGACCCUAAGCCCCCGAUCAGGUUCUUCCAGCAGUCCCGUGGCUUGACCACCAAGACUGAGGUUGAUCGUGUUCACCACCACUAUGGCGACAAUACGUUCGAUAUUCCGGUUCCAGGCUUCAUUGAACUCUGGAAGGAACAUGCCGUCGCGCCCUUCUUCGUCUUCCAGAUUUUCUGCGUGGGUCUAUGGAUGCUGGAUGAAUACUGGUACUACUCCCUUUUCACCUUGUUCAUGCUGGUUGCGUUCGAAAGCACUGUUGUCUGGCAACGUCAGCGCACGCUGAACGAGUUCCGCGGCAUGAGCAUCAAACCUUACGAUGUCUGGGUUUUCCGUGAGGGAAAGUGGCAGGAGAUCAGCAGCGACAAGUUGCUCCCUGGAGACCUCAUGUCAGUGAAUCGAACCAAGGAAGACAGUGGCGUUGCCUGUGAUAUCCUCCUCAUUGAGGGUAAUGUGAUCGUCAAUGAAGCUAUGCUUUCUGGUGAAAGUACACCCUUGCUGAAGGAGUCUAUCCAACUUCGACCUGGUGACGACUUGAUCGACCCGGAUGGACUUGAUAAGAACGCAUUUGUCCAUGGAGGAACUAAAGUCCUUCAAAUCACACACCCAAGCUCCAGCGCACAAGGUGCAGAGAAGCUCCCGGAGACAUCCCCCGGGGUCCCUAACCCUCCGGACAACGGUGCUCUGGGCGUGGUUGUUAAGACCGGAUUUGAGACCAGUCAGGGAAGUCUGGUUCGCACAAUGAUCUACUCUACAGAGAGAGUCUCCGCCAACAAUGCUGAAGCUCUGCUUUUCAUCCUGUUCCUGCUCAUCUUCGCCCUGGCUGCUUCUUGGUACGUGUGGCAAGAGGGUGUUCAGAAGGAUCGCAAACGGUCCAAGCUUCUGCUUGACUGUGUCCUGAUCAUCACGAGUGUUGUUCCUCCUGAACUUCCCAUGGAGCUGAGUCUGGCUGUCAACACCAGUCUUGCUGCCCUCAGCAAAUUCGCCAUCUUCUGCACAGAGCCGUUCCGCAUUCCCUUCGCUGGCCGCGUCGAUGUGGCCUGUUUCGACAAGACUGGAACAUUAACUGGCGAAGACCUUGUCGUCGAUGGAAUUGCUGGGCUUACCCUUGGCCAGAAAGGAGCCCAAGUGGAAGCCAACGGUGGUCACACUGAACUGGCAAAAGCUGAGGGUAUUGAUGUGUACACUGCACUUGUCCUUGCUUCGGCUCACGCCCUUGUGAAGCUGGAUGAGGGAGACAUUGUUGGCGAUCCAAUGGAAAAGGCUACAUUGGAAUGGCUCGGCUGGGUACUCGGUAAGGAUGACAUCCUUGUCAGCAAGGGUGUUUCCGCGAAGAGCUCCUCUAUUGUUCCAGAAUCUGUUCAGAUUAAGAGAAGAUUCCAAUUCUCUUCUGCUCUUAAGCGUCAAAGCACUAUCGCGACCGUUACUACCACGGACCGAAAGACUUCAAAGAGGACGAAGGCGACAUUCGUCGGUGUUAAGGGAGCACCAGAGACUAUCCGGUCCAUGCUGGUCAACACGCCUGAGAACUAUGAGGAGACCUUCAAGUAUUUCACCCGUAACGGAGCUCGUGUCCUCGCCUUGGCCUACAAGUAUCUCUCCCCGGAAGCCGAGAUCAGCCAGGGACGUGUGAACAAUUACACGAGAGAAGAGAUUGAGUCAGAAUUAACUUUCGCUGGAUUCCUUGUUCUUCAGUGCCCUCUGAAGGAAGAUGCUGUCAAGGCGGUUCGUAUGCUCAACGAGAGCAGCCACCGUGUAGUCAUGAUUACUGGAGACAACCCACUUACUGCCGUUCACGUCGCAAGGCAGGUGGAAAUUGUCGAUCGUGACGUGCUCAUCCUUGAUGCUCCCGAGAAUGAUACCUCUGGAACGAGACUCGUCUGGCGUAGCGUCGAUGACAAGUUCAACCGCGACGUGGACCCCACGCAACCCCUGGACCGUGAAACUCUGGAGACUAAGGAUAUCUGUGUCACUGGUUAUGCCCUGGCCAAGUUCAAAGGUCAAAAAGCUCUUCCGGACCUUCUCCGUCAUACUUGGGUAUAUGCUCGUGUGUCGCCGAAGCAGAAGGAGGAGAUUCUUCUUGGACUCAAGGAUGCUGGUUACACUACCCUGAUGUGCGGUGACGGUACAAAUGACGUUGGUGCACUGAAGCAGGCUCAUGUCGGUGUCGCUUUGCUGAACGGUUCGCCCGAGGAUCUCACCAAGAUUGCUGAGCAUUACCGGAACACGAAGAUGAAGGAAAUCUACGAAAAGCAGGUCGCCAUGAUGCAACGAUUCAACCAGCCUGCUCCUCCUGUUCCUGUUCAAAUUGCUCACCUCUAUCCUCCCGGCCCGAACAACCCGCACUAUGAAAAGGCUAUUGAGCGAGAAGCCCAGCGGAAAGGUAUUACCAACGCUUCUGCUGCUGGUGUUCAGGACACCUCCAAGCCCGAGGCUACCAUUGUGUCUCCCGGUGCACAAGCACUGCAGCGGUCGAACCAGAACCUCUCUCCUCAGCAGCAACGCCAGCAGCAGGCCACUGUGGCAGCUGCGGGUCUUGCUGAUAAGCUCACUACCUCGAUGAUGGAGCAGGAGCUCGACGAUAGCGAGCCGCCAACGAUCAAGCUGGGCGACGCCUCGGUCGCUGCCCCCUUCACUAGCAAGCUUGCUAAUGUCGUUGCCAUUCCCAACAUCAUUCGCCAAGGCCGUUGUACCCUCGUCGCUACGAUUCAGAUGUACAAGAUUCUGGCUUUGAACUGCUUGAUCAGUGCCUACAGUUUGAGUGUGAUCUACCUCGAUGGUAUCAAGUUCGGAGACGGCCAAGUCACCAUUAGCGGUAUGCUCAUGAGUGUCUGCUUCCUAUCCAUCUCUCGUGCCAAGUCAGUCGAAGGCCUGUCAAAGGAGCGUCCACAACCGAAUAUCUUCAACGUCUACAUCAUUGGUUCGGUGCUUGGGCAGUUUGCCAUUCACAUUGCGACGCUGAUCUACCUUUCGAAUUAUGUCACCAAGAUUGAGCCGAAGUCGAAUGAUGUCGAUCUGGAAGGCGAGUUUGAGCCAUCUCUGCUCAACAGUGCCGUCUAUCUGCUUCAGCUUAUCCAACAGAUCUCUACAUUCUCUAUCAACUACCAGGGUCGCCCAUUCCGCGAGUCUAUCCGCGAGAACAAGGCCAUGUACUGGGGUCUGGUGGCUGCCUCGGCUGUUGCCUUCUCUUGCGCUACCGAGUUUGUUCCCGAGAUCAACGAGAAGCUGCGCCUGGUGCCAUUCAGCAACGAGUUCAAAGUCACGUUGACGGUCCUGAUGGUUCUGGACUACGCUGGCUGCUGGAUCAUUGAGAAUGUUCUGAAGCAGCUCUUCAGCGACUUCCGUCCUAAAGACAUCGCCAUCCGUCGACCAGACCAGCUGCAGCGAGAGGCUGAGCGCAAGAGAAAGGAAGAGGCGGAGGCAGAGGCUGAGAGGGAGAAGCAGCGUAAAGUCUAAUGUUGUUAUAUUACGAUGGGUGAUGGCAAUGUAUAGAUUGUCUCAAUGGUGGGAACAGUAUACUGUCUGCCCCCUCACCUGCAGCUUAUGAGGGCAGCGGCGGAUAGAGAUCUCAUAAACAUGGUGCUUAUAGAAUCAAGUAGUUGUGUUGACUUAUUGCUGAGCCCUGUAAUAGAUUUUGACGCGCUUUUUUCAUGAGAGGAUGAGUUUCCAUUCCUGAUUCUGGGCCACUGUCACUGUGUUGGUUAACGGAGCGGUAGAGAAUAAUGCUUAGAAGUGUUUGCCACACAAUGGCCUUAGAAGGAAAGUUUCUGAGAACCCUAUGGACCUUUGCCCCGGUUCAGUGGGAGACGUUGAAUAGUUAUUCGAUGCCGAAAAUGAUGCGAUUCGUGG